GAUAAACACUAUGCGGGAGCAUGCACGGUUGUCAUGGGAACUGUCUGCGGGAGCAUAAAGGAAGCAGGGCGCAGAAGGUCUGUGGACAGAGCUGCCUGGCCAUUCGGGAAGUGGCACCAUUAGGGUUGUCAAAUUAAUUUUGUAGUAUUGUAUCGUUUGUAGUGGAUUGGAUAUGUCAGAGAUGACAGCCUCCAUAAGAAAAGAUUAAGAGGGUUGCAUGACCCAGACCCAAGCUGUGCACUUACCAGCUGUAGAGAGAACUAUAAAAAAGUACAUCACUCACAAUGCCAGUGUUACAAUCCACAGUUGCUCCAGUGGAGAUGAGGUUACGUCGCAGUGUGCCAAGCCUACCAACAAUCAAGCCAGACAGACUGAAGACAGCUAAAGCACUGGUGGAGAAAGCAGUGAAGUUGAGGAAAGUGUUUUCGGUGCAGGGGCCCUAUCCUGUGAUCCGUGCCACCUUAUGGGCCAGAGGGUGGGUGGAACGGCGUUCGCCCCAUCCGGCCCCAAGAGCACCUCAUUGCCAUGGAGAUGAGGAGGAGGAUGGGGACGUUUGUGCAAUUGAUGAAGGCGAGAAAGAGGAGAACCUUGAUGACAUGUAUGACCUCAUGUCUCGUCUGGUUCGAAAUGAAACAACUUAUUUCUACUGGACGACGCGACGGGAUCACAUCGACUGUCGCUCCUUAAGGAAUGACCAGAUUACCAAUCACUAUGCAAACGCUGGAACUUUUACCACAAAGGUGGGGCUCUGUGUGAAUCUGCGCAACCUUCAGUGGUUUGACACGGCGGACCCUGACACCUUCUUCCCAAGAUGUUACAGACUUGGGGCAGAAGAUGAAAAGCAUGCAUUCAUAGAGGAUUUCAGGAGGACAGCAUGUACCAGCCUGCUGCAACAUGUGAUUGAGUCAAGCAGAUGGAGAGGAGACCAAGCAGAGGGUGAAGAACAAAAAGCCAAGAACAGUAGCUCUGAAGAAGUGGAGAAUGUGGAACAUCAAUUUGUGGGUCCAGAAAUGAUUGACAUGGCUUUACAAGUGUGUCAAGAGUUUCUCAAUGUCUUAAGGCACAGUGACAUUGAUGCCGAUGACGAGACACCACCCUUGAUAGAGAAACAGCGGUGGGUGGAGUUUCUGCAAGACUACUACAUGGUUGUGCACGAAGGAGCACUAAUCAGAAGCAGCAGUAUGUUUGUGGAGCGCUGCCAGGCUACGUUGGACAGACUGCACGAGGUUUGCCCUCAACUGGACACAGAUGGACUAAAUAACAUCUGGAUCAUCAAACCAGGUGCAAAGUCAAGAGGAAGAGGCAUUAUGUGUAUGAACCAUCUGGAUGACAUUUUGGCACUAGUGGACACUGAGAGAGCCCAGAUGAAGGAGAGUAAGUGGGUGGUUCAAAAAUACCUGGAGCGCCCCCUAUUGGUCCAUGGCACAAAGUUUGACCUCCGUCAGUGGUUCCUUGUUACCGACUGGAACCCUCUGACUGUCUGGUUCUACAAGGAGUGCUACCUACGGUUUUCCACUCAGCCCUACUCAACAAAAACUCUGGACAGCUCAGUCCACCUGUGCAACAACUCCAUCCAGAAACACUUUCAGCCAUCAUGCAACCGACAUCCCGGAGUGCCUGAGGACAAUAUGUGGUCAUGCUCUCAGUUUCGGUCUUUUCUGAAGUGUCAGGGCCGCGAGGCAGAGUGGGAAUCUGUGGUUGUGCCAGGCAUGCAAAAAGCUGUGGUCCACGCUCUACAAACAGCCCAGGAUCUGGUUGAGCCGCGGAAGGCGAGCUUUGAGCUUUAUGGAGCUGAUUUUAUGUUGGGUAGAGAUCUUAGGCCUUGGCUUCUAGAGAUCAAUGCUAGUCCAACUAUGGCCUGUUCAACCUCUGUGACUGCGCGGCUCUGCCCUGCUGUGCAAGUGGACACAUUGAGGGUUGUGCUAGACCGACGAACUGAUCCUAGUGCUUACACAGGAGGCUUCCAGCUCAUCUACAAACAGGCUGCAGUUGAAGUUCCUCAGUAUGUGGGAGUGAACCUGCUGGUGGAAGGAGCUCCCAUAAAGCGAUCCAGACCUCUGCUUCAAAGACAGACGGUUAUUUCUGACGCACCUCUCACAGGUCAUUUUGCCUCAGGCCAGUCAUUUCCAGAAAAGAUUGAAACAAAACCGAAAAUAUUUGGUCAGAAGCCCCACACAGUUGCUGCUUUUCGCCAUACAGGAAAAGAGAACCAAGAGAAAAAGAGGCAGCUGACAUGUACCUCUCCAAAGAGGGAGUGUGAGGUGAGAGCUGAAUUUCAGAACACCUCCAACGUUCGCAGGUCCUGCCGCAGUAUGAUGUAUGAACAGCCUUUGGUGGUACACACUGAACCUCAGAGGAAAGCGCGACGGUUGGGUUCAAGCCAACGUGUCAACAGAACAACCCUUGUGCCAAGAAGUCUUUCCUUUUCUCUAAGCCCUCUUCACAGUAAGCCCCAGGUUAAACCUCAUAGAGGGGGAAUCUCCAGAUCCUUCCUUCCUCAGACAAACUUUGAGCCCCAACACAGGACUCCCACCCGGGGCUUUCCUUCAUUCCAGGGUCCUCUUCCUAGCCUGGAGGUGUUUCGGUUGCGACCAAAUAUCGUGGCUGGAACUACUGCUUGUUGUAAUUCAGUCUUUACAUCUCACCCCAGCCUCCACAAGCAUCAGUUAUUUCCCCAAUCUCAAAGGCAAGGCAUUACCAGAUUUAAAGGAGAGCACAAAGGGGAACAUAAUUGUUAAAGGGACAAGAAGAUGGAAAGCACACAGAUGCUGCAGAGGUUUUGUCAGGAUAUUUUUUAGUCUGAAAAACACGAUACCUUCCUAAAGGUUUAUGCACCCCUCACAAUUUUCUAACAUUUUCAAAGAAAACUCAAUGAAACAAAUGGAACAAUAAUACAGUAUUGUAAGUAUAAGUUUAUUCAGAACAUUAGCUAAUAUUAUGUAUCUCUGUUGUUCAGUGCUCUGUUUUGUUUUUUAAAGAGCUUUAGAGGACUCCAGAGAAGGAGUUGUUGUUGAUCUUUACACUGGAAAAGGUUACAGAACAAUCUUUGAAGAGUUUGGAGACAGACGGUCAGACAAAUGAAGGCGUUUUCUCCAUUGAGGUGGUCGACCAACAAAGAUCACUCCAAAAGCAAGAGGCAUAAUAGUCUGAGAGGUCACAAAGGAACCCAGGGUAACUUCUUAGGAGCUAAAGGCCUCUCUCACACUGGCUAAUGUUAAUGUUCAUGAAUCCACCGUCUGGAGAACCCUAAAUAACCACGGUGUGAUGGCAGAGUGUCAAAGACACUGCUCUCCAAAAAGUGCAUUUCUGCCCGUCUGCAGUUGGCUAAACAUCAUGUAGACAGGCCAGGAGACUAUUGGAAAGAUAUUUUGUGGACAUUUGAGACUAUAGUAGAAUUAUUUGGUGUAAUGACACUGCAUUCCAGCAUCAGAACCUCACCCUAUCAGUGAAACAUGGAGUUGGAAAUGUCCUUUUUUGGGGCUGCUUUGCUUCAUCUGGGGCCAGAAUGAAUUGCCAUCAUUGAUGGACCAAUGAAUUCUGAAAUAAACUAGCAAAUUCUAAAUGUAAA